GGCGGGCUCUGACAGUAUUCCAGACAAAAUGGCGGAUGUUGUUGUUUUGCCGCAGGGUCAGUGCUAAUCGGAGUUCGCCUUUUCACUGAUUUACUGCAAGAAAAUACAAACAUAAUAUCGUUGGCGACAACCUUCAUCAUUGUAAGGGUUUGCGAGGUGGACUGUAAUGAAAGGCAAAGAAAGGUCGCCGAUUAAAAAGCGCUCUCGGGUUUUGGAUGAUAUCCGAGACAGGGGAGGAGGCCAUCCGCCCAGCAAGAAAAUGGGGGCUAUCUCCGUUUCCAGUGGGAGCAAUAAUGGAAAUAGCUCGACUAAAAGUGACGCAGGAUCUACAAGAAGGAGUUUGUUGGGCGAAAAGAGAGACAGGGAUUUUGACGGGCAUGUUUCCAGUCGAUCCGGCGUGAGUAACCAUAGUUAUCCCGGUGCUGUUGCUAGCGCUAUCGGUAAGAACCACAACUUGGGCUUGCCUCUCGAUUUAGCCACUGCAAGGACUAGUAAUUCUCGUGGCGAGCGUGCUCUGCCUCCCCCCAACAACAACGAAAGUGAGUACAAAACUCUUAAAAUCAGUGAAUUGGGAACUCAGUUGAGCGAUGAAGACAUCGAAGACGGACUUUUCCACGAAUUCAAAAAAUUUGGGGACGUGAGUGUCAAAAUAAGCCGCAGCAACGACGAGAGAAUCGCGUUUGUCAACUUCAGAAAGCCCGAGGAUGCCAGAGCAGCUAAACACGCCCGGGGUAGGUUAGUACUUUACGACCGUCCUCUGAAAAUCGACGCAGUGUACAUAAACAGACGGAGAAGUCGUUCUCCAGUUGAGAGAGUUGACAGAGACCCUUAUGUUGGAGCCCCAGGGCACAGACACCUUCACACCCAGAGACCCCUCUCGCCAUCAGGGCUUGGAUACAGAGACUACAGACUACAGCAGCUGGCACUUGGGCGCCUCCCUCCUCCCCCACUUCCCCCUUUGCCCAGAGACCUAGAACGGGAGAGGGAGUUUGCCCUGUUUGAAGCCAGGUCACGCCCAGGUCCUGCUUUCAUUGCAGAGAGAGCUGCUGCUUUCCGCGAGGAGGAUUUUAUCUCUCCCGAGGAUGACCAAAGAGCUAACAGAACGCUGUUUCUGGGCAACUUGGACAUUACAGUCACAGAGACGGACCUGAGGAGGGCGUUUGACAGGUUUGGGGUGAUAACAGAGGUGGAUAUAAAGCCCACACGGGGACAGACCAGCACAUACGGAUUUCUGAAGUUUGAGAACCUAGACAUGGCCCAUCGCGCCAAACUCACCAUGUCUGGGAAGAUAGUGGGCCGUAACCCCAUAAAGAUUGGCUAUGGUAAGGCCACCCCCACUACACGCCUAUGGGUGGGUGGGCUCGGACCCUGGGUCCCCCUAGCAGCAUUGGCCAGAGAGUUUGACCGCUUUGGUACAAUAAGGACCAUUGACUACAGAAAGGGGGACACUUGGGCUUACAUACAGUAUGAGAGCCUUGACGCUGCUCAGGCUGCGUGCACUCACAUGCGUGGCUUCCCUCUGGGGGGGCCUGAGAGGAGACUCAGGGUGGACUUUGCAGACACAGAGCACCACUACCAGCAGCAGUUCCUUCAGCCUCUUCCUCUACCCCCCUUCGACAUGGUGGCAGAGGCUUUCAUCCACCGAGCCACAGCUGAGCCCCUGAGGGACAGAGAAAGGACUCCACCGCCGCUCCACUUCAGAGAGAGAGAUCUGGGCUUCCCUGGGGCUGAGUGGCCCCCUAACCCGGCUAUGCGUGAACGAGUACGUCCUGGGGUCUUUGAGCUGCCAGAUCACCUGCAGCGGGACCGGCGGCCGGGGGGGAGAGAGCCCUGGUCUCUGGAGCGUGAGCUGGUGGGGCGCGGCGGCGACCCGGGACGGAAACGACGCCUCAUGGACGACGGUCGCCAUCUGGAUGUCUCUCCUGACAGCACUGACCGCACGGCACGCCGGCGCAGAGGUGGCCCAUCCCCAGACGGUAGCCCCGACGGAGGCCGUUUCAGUGACUCAGAGCGCCCCCCUCGCGGCGACGACAGACCCUCCCCUGGACGAGACCGCCGCCCCAGUCUGGAGCGUCCUGGCGGAGGAGACAGGAGAUUGAAGAACCAGGGGAAUCUCGCUGAGAGAGGGGCCUCCAGCAGUGGCCUCACAUCUUCAACAGGGGAACGGAAACGUAAAGCCGGCGACAGCAGCAGCAGAGGACCCGGAGCUAAGAGGGAUCGCUCCUCAGACCAGGGCGGCUCUAAAGGCAGUCAGUCAUCCAAGCUGAGCCUGGCCUGGCACGGCAUGCUCCUCCUGAAGAACAGCAACUUCCCCGCCAACAUGCACCUCCUGGAGGGUCACCAGGGCGUGGCCAAGGACCUCCUCGUCGACGGCCCCACUGGGAGACAGGUGGGCGAACUCAAGAUCACCCAGCGUCUCCGCCUCGACCAGCCCAAGCUGGACGAGGUCUCCAGACGCAUCAAAGCGGCCGGCCCCGGUGGCUACGCUGUCCUCCUGGCGGUUCCCGGUUCCGGUGGCGAGGAGGUGUCGUCGACGGACCCUGCAGCUUCCACCCAGCGUCCUCUCCGCAAUCUGGUGUCCUACCUGAAACAGAAGCAGGCAGCCGGAGUCAUCAGCCUGCCCGUUGGAGGCAGCCGGGAUAAGGACCACCAGGGUGUUCUCCAUGCGUUCCCUCCCUGUGAGUUCUCACAGCAGUUCAUUGAUGCCUCGGCUAAAGCUCUGGCCAAAACCGACGAGGACUAUCUGGUGAUGGUCGUGGUGCGAGGGCCAUCAUAACUACAAUCAGAGAGGAAGCAGGACAUCAGUGAUAUUGUACAAAAGAAAAAAAGAUGUCUGUAACUACUAUUGCAUGCUGUGUGUUGAGUUCAGCUCCAUGGGGUACUACUACUAGAGUAGGGGUAUGAUGGGGUACUACUAGAGUAGGGGUAUGAUGGGGUACUACUAUAGAGUAGGGGUAUGAUGGGGUACUACUAGAUGGGGUACUACUAGAGUAGGGGUAUGAUGGGGGCGUAGGCUAUGUCACUAUUUGUUCCACCAAAAUAAAUAUGAAAUGCCCUCUUGAAAGUCAACAGAUGUGUAGGCAAAUUGUGCAACCCUGUUUUAUUAAAUAAGUGUGUGCUCAUUUCCAGACAGUAUUAUAAAAGGGGGACAUUCUAGAAAUACAAUCUAACUUGAAAUGAGGUAAAAUAGCACCCGUUUUCAAUUAGGAAAACUUGAAUCAACCGCUGUGUAUGAGAAGGCUCCAUUCCAACAUUUGGUCCACUGUUAGUGUUCCAUUGAUCGUAUUAUAUACAGAUCCUUCAGAAAGUAUUCACACCCCUUGACUUUCCCCACAUUUUCUUGUGUUACAGCCUGAAUUUAAAAUGGAUUUAAAAUAAGUUUGUCUCUCCCAUCUACACACAAUACCCGACAAAGUGAAAACAUGUUUUUAGAAAUUUUGCCAAAUUUAAUUGAAAAUUAAAUACAGAAUGAUCUCAUUUACAUGAGUAUUCAUACCCCGUAGUCAAUACUUUGUUUCUAAGUACCUUUAGCAGCAAUUACAGCUGUGCGUCUUUCUGGGGUCAGUCUCUAAGAACUUUCCACUCCAUUUAAUAUGCUUCCUUCUUUUCUCGCUGUCAGUUAGGUUAGUAACUACUACGUUGUUGAUCCACCCUCUGUCAUUAAAACAUCAUGUUAAACACUAUUAUUGCACACAGAGUGAGUCCAUGCAACUUAUUAUGUGACUUGUUAAGCACAUUUUUUACUCAUGGAUGUAUUUAGGCUUGCCAUAACAAAGGGGUUGAAUACUUAUU